UGUCCAUUUUGAUACUGUUUAAGGGUGGCAUGGGCUCCACAGCCCAGUGGCCCUGGCAAAGGUUAUGAAGACAACGAUAAGCGACGAUAAUCUGACCGCGGCUUAAAUCACCCUGGCAGAGUUGUUGGAACAGAUGAUCUGCCGAAGCAAGAAAACUGCUUUACGCAUUAAUUAUGAAAGUGAUUGCGCUAUUCAGGAUUAAGACUUGGAGGGGAUUUGGAAAAGAAGAGCAACAAUCGAAAAGAAGAGGAGCGGCCAGCGCUUUGGAGGUUGCCUAAUUGUUUGAAAGCGAGACGUCUGGGAAGAUUGCGCGCUGGGUGUUUGGAAAAACUUGGCGGACAGCGGAGCUCGCUCGUCAUGGAUGUUCCAGGUCCGCUGGCGCUCUCCUUCUAAGGACCACCCUGGGGCCUUGACCAUCAGAGCGGGGGACCGAGGCCAGAGGAGGCUCGCCCUGGCCCCGCGCAUUCGCGCGCGCCCUCCUGCUCUCCGCGCGCCCGCAGCCCGGAUGCCGGCGCCGGGCCGGGGCCCCCGGGGGCCGCCGCAGACCAUGCCCGGGCGCCGGGGGGCGCUGCGCGAGCCGGCCGGCUGCGGCUCGGGCCUGGGGGCGGCGCUGGCCCUGCUGCUGCUGCUGCUGCCCGCCGGCUGCCCGGUGAGGGCGCAGAACGACACGGAGCCCAUCGUGCUGGAGGGCAAGUGCCUGGUGGUGUGCGACUCCAGCCCGUCUGCGGACGGCGCCGUCACCUCCUCGCUGGGCAUCUCGGUGCGCUCCGGCAGCGCCAAGGUGGCCUUCUCCGCCACGCGGAGCACAAACCACGAGCCGUCCGAGAUGAGCAACCGCACCAUGACCAUCUACUUCGAUCAGGUCUUAGUAAAUAUUGGCAACCAUUUUGAUCUCGCCUCCAGUAUAUUUGUAGCCCCGAGAAAAGGGAUAUAUAGCUUCAGCUUCCACGUGGUCAAAGUGUACAACAGACAGACCAUCCAGGUCAGUCUAAUGCAGAACGGCUACCCGGUGAUCUCGGCGUUCGCCGGAGACCAGGAUGUCACCAGAGAAGCGGCCAGCAACGGCGUCCUGCUGCUGAUGGAGAGAGAGGAUAAAGUCCACCUCAAACUGGAGAGGGGCAACCUUAUGGGGGGCUGGAAGUACUCCACGUUUUCGGGCUUCUUGGUUUUCCCGCUAUAAACGCAGAGCCUCCCCUGGAUGGUGGGGACACGGCUGUCUGGACCCAGGAACCCACCCUUCCUAACCCCCCGAACUUGCUGGAACAGGACAACUUGUUUCCAUCCUCCUCCAUCGGACUGUGGUGACAGAAGAGCGGCUUCCUUCAGAACCUCCAGCAUUUUCUCUGAAUAUUGACCAUUCCUCGGCGACCCGGCCCCUAAUGGGUUUUAGACGACACGGUCUUAAGGAGAAAUGAAAUGAUUGAUCUGAGCAAUUUGUACCUGUGAUUGUAAAGUCAAUAAGGGAUUUCAUUGUCGGGACCAUUGACUUUUCCUCUGUUGUUUGUACGUGGUAUUGUUAGCCCCGUGGGAGAGGUGCCGCAGACCCCGGGAUGGAUCGCAGGCUGCUGGCUGGGCUCAAAGCAAGAGCCCCGCCGCUCACUGCCCACACGACAGCCCUUGAAACUUGUUCUCUGUGUGUCUGUUCAGCCUUAAGAAAAAGAAUGGCUUCACUUUCAUGCUGUAUUUCCCCCACCCCGGGUGGAUGGGAGUCCUCGGGAGGGGGAAGGGGACAUUGUAUCAAGAAGUGCUUUAUCCGGAGAAGCAAAUUUUGCACGAUUGGACUGCAGCUUUUGUUUUGUAUUGUUUGUGUAUGUGUGUGUGUGGGUUUUCUUUCCCCCAUCCCCCCCAAGAAGCUUUACUUUUCUUCACACACACAGCUCCUCCUCCUCACCCCUGCUUUUAUCUUUUGUGCCGGGGUGGGGAGAGAAAAAUGUGUGUUGGAUUUCUGGAGGAGACCAAACAACACAAAACAAAAAAAUAACUCUGUAUUUUGGAUGAGACCAAACGGAAGGUAGAGCAAAGUGAAAAUGACAGACGGACACUUCUGCUUAUUCUUUAAAAGAGACUCUCUCAGAGACACUUUUGGAAGUACCAACCUGGAUUUUUUUUUUUUUUUUUUACGUUUUGGAAUACUUUUAAGAGACGGAUGUUGCUGGGUGGCCUGAAUCAUGUCAGAUGAGAACGGAAGCUGUGAUGACCAAGUUCCCAAUCACGUGGUCUCUUUGCCAAGCGCAACUGGGUCUUCCUGGCAGCGUGUUUUUGCCCCUUUGGAUCCAUGUCUGGGUGAGCACACCAUGGUCAGGUGCCUCAGAGUCAACCGGACCAACUAGUUCUUCCCCCUGGGAUCCUCUUCUGAUCUGCCCAGGCAGAGGGUGUGGACACUCUCCGCAAGCACCUGGCGGGGAAGCCGCAUGAAAAUCACAGUGGUUGAAGGUUAUUGACAGAGGCUCCCUAGAAGCAGUUUCCCAAAUUCUCGUUGUUUGGCACCUGAUACAACAAUAUUAUUUAAACACAGCUGAGAGUUGACGGGUGCAGGAUUCCUUCGCCAAGGAAAUGGCACUGAUCCCAAAGCAAUCAAAGAAGAGACCUCAAACCGGAUGUUAAUUUGUCCUUUGUGUAACAAUGUAACCAAAAUAUUGAUGAUAAAAAGUCAUAAUUUAAGAUUCCGAAUAAAUGGGUUUGAUGUCUG